AUGGCCACAAUCGACCGCGUACUUUACCUUGGAAACGCGACCCAGCGUCGAUAUACGAGUGCAACCGUGUCAGUGCCUCGUAUCUUUGGAAAGGUAGCCCUUGAGGAACAUGUAGGCACGAGUAUCUGGGCCAAGUAUAAUCUUACCCCACCCGCCAAUGCUGUCGUAGGCGUACUCAACCGUCCGCCUACACUGCCCAAUACACUCGAUACGAUAGCACGCCUUGACGACAUCAACGGACGCCUGUCGUCCAUGAACCACAGCGGCAUAGGCUAUGUCAUCGUCUCGCUCAGUUCCCCUGGCAUCCAAGGCGUACACGACACCGCAUUAGCAAUAAAGUUCUCAACGGACAUCAACGAUGAACUCUACCUCAAAUACGCCAAUGCCUACCCCGACAAGUUUGCCUUCUUUGCUACCGUCCCCAUGCAAGACCCCGUAGCUGCCGCCUCUGAGCUCGAGCGCGCCGUUAGUCUCCUCGGAGCAAAAGGCGCCGCUAUAAACGGAUACACGGAUAUUGGCCCGCCCGGUAACUCGACUACACGCUACCUAGACGACCCCAUCAAUGCCCCCUUCUGGAGCAAAGUCGCUGCCUUGAAUGUGCCCAUAUACCUGCACCCCCGCGCCCCUCCACCAUCCCAACAACUCGUAUACAACUAUCCCAACAACUCCCUUAGCGCCUACCCCGGCCUUGUGACAGGCGGAUUUGCCUAUGGCGCAGAAACUGCAGUCCACGCUUUGCGUCUCAUGCUAUCCGGCCUCUUCGACACACAUCCAAACAUCCAAAUUAUCCUCGGUCAUGCAGCAGAAGGUCUACCUUUUCUGAUACACCGCUCAGAUACGCAACUCGCUGCAGAGGUUCCCGGUACUAAUGGCCCAUAUAAGCGCCCACUGAGGUACUAUCUCCGCAACAACUUCUACGCCACGUUAUCAGGUGUGCGUCGCUUGUCGACGACGCAGUGUACGCUAGCGGAAAUGGGUGAAGAGAGAGUCUUGUUUAGUGUGGAUUACCCGUUUCAGAGUAAUGAGGAUGCGGCGGAUUGGUUCGAUGGGGUUGAGGGGAUGAGCGUGGAGACGAAGAGGAAGGUUGCGAGGGGAAAUGCGAGAAGGUUGUUUAAUUUGACUGUGGACUUGGAUGAGCGGCAGAUUGAUGGGGAUUUCAUGUGAAAUACACGUGAACUACGCAUUGUGAUUCUUCAUCUCGCACCACAUAACUCAUGUCAUUACAUUAAAAAUUACUCGUAAUACAUAUAUCGAAUUCACAUGGAAAACACAC